AUGAUGGUGAUGCCUACCGAAACGCGAUGUCCGAGCAUGGUCAAGCUCACCGCCCAAAAUGAAACCCUAGCAGAAUUCGCGCAACCGAAUUUCGACGUGAAGCAGAAAGUGCAAGCAAUUCUUCAAGGCUCUGCGAACGUGAGCGAGCAGCUUGCGACGCUCUCCACCAAUGUCACGCUGGUUGAAACCGAACUUAAAGUGCAAGUCUCUGAUCACUACGAAGACCUUCUGAGUCAGGCGACGGGUGUAGAGAAACUCGAACGCGUCCUGAAUGCCAUGGUGGUCAAAUCCGAAGCGUUGCAAAACUCUGUCGAACGAGUUCGGAACCGAGUCGUUGAACCUUUCAACAAAAUGGAAGAGCAAACUGUUCUGGUGUCGCGAUUGCAAGCGACUUGCGAUCUGCUUCGUCGUGUUAUUCGGACCAUCAACAUUUCCAAGCGCCUCCAGCAACAACUUUCCGCCGGACUGACCAAGGAAAUCACCAAAGCAGCGCAGAGUCUCAGUGAACUAGACUACCUUUCCAAAGACGUAGACUUGAACGGAGUUGCAGUGCUCGAAAAAGACCAGCGAUUCAUCAAGCAAGCUCGACAACAGGUUGAAAAGCAAGGCGAAACUAUGUUGACUCAUGGGAUUGAAGCCCAGAACCAGACUCAAGUCGCAACAGCGCUUCAAGUCUUCUACAACCUUGGUAACUUGGCUGGAACCAUCGAGAAAAUCCUUGAAAAAUCCUCACGGCAGGUGAGAAUUCAAAUAGAAGCGACGUUUGACGUAAAAUUAAUGAGUCAUAGCGCGUCGGAAUCGACUGUUCUAAAAUCCGGAGCGACCCCGAAACAACCUGGAAAAUCGACUAUGCCGACCCCUGGGCAAGCCGCCGCUUUCCGGACGACGUUGUGGCAAAAUUUGGAAAAGCUUUUCGAUUUCGUUUAUCAAGCCUGCGCAAGAAUUCACCACUUGCAGAAAGUUCUCGCGAAGAAACGCGAUCCCGUGACGGGAAUCGGAUUCUUGGAAGAACUCUCAGGUUCCAAGAUUUCGAAUCAAUCUUUGAUCGACAUAUUUUGGAAAGACGUGACGAAGUUGCUUUCUUCCGAGUUUCUCGAAGCAUCGCAGCACUCAAAUUUCGUCAAGCAGAGCUUCGAAGGAGAAUUCCCGAAGUUGCUGAGAAUGUGCAGCGAUCUGUGGAAAAAGCUCAAUACCUUGGCAGAACACGCUCCGAGCAGUAAAUCAGAUUUCGAACCUGAAAAGGCUUUAAGAAUGGUUUUGCAACCAUUCGAAACCGCUUAUUUGUCUCGUUCUCUGUCUCGACUGUUUGAUCCGGUUAAUCUGAUGUUUGACGGAUUGUCAGAUUCUGCGCCGAAGAAGGACGAAGUUAACGGCUGUGUGAAAGCGAUAGCCUCCGAAUUACGAGUCGCUGCGGUGGACGUGCACCUGUGCAAAAUCGUGGCCAAGAACGUGGCGAAAACUAUUAAAUUAUUCGUCGUGAAAGCUGAGAAUUUGUCUGCACCUUCAGAUCAGAGUGCGACGCAAGUUGUUGAUGUUCCGACUGCGACGCAGAAGCUAAACGCAGCCAUCGUAGAAAUUCUGUUCUACCUUCAAUCCCAAAUCGAAUCGAAAGCUAUUCGUGGGAUUCCUCUUCCGGCUGCCGUUCGAGGAAUAAUUGAGGAAUCAUUGCAGCAGAUCGACCAAUUAACUCUGAGCAUUGUUGCGCCGUGGAUGUCUGCCAUUGGAAAGGCUUUGCGGAGUAUUAUUUCCACCCUACAUUAUGAAGACUUUACUGAUGAUUGCAUAAAGAAAUCUGCGUAUAUCGACGAGUUCGAGGCAUUCGUGAACCGUAUCCGGUCGUCGUACUUCGUGGUGUUCGAGGAAUGUGGACCGGAGUUCGUUCAGAGCCUCUUGAAUCCAAUUGUGCGGAAAACGAUGGAGGAAUUUGUUUUGCACGUCAGUCUAGUCCGUCCGCUAGAAUCGGCAACGUCCAAAGGUGGAAGACUUCGGUUGGACAAUGACUUCACAUCUAUUGAGAAGGAUUUAGCACUUCUGUUCCCAGGCAUCAAGGGGUUGAUACCAGAGUACAGAUCCUUCUUAGCGAUGCGCACCCUGUUGAAUAUGCCAGUUGAAGAAUUGAGUUCAAGUGCUUUGGUCGGUGACGCCCUGCCUUACAGCGUCGCAUUGAAUUCCUUGUUGUCGCGAGCCCCGGAAACCCUGAGAAGUCCGCAUCAGCACCUACGCAUGAGUCCAGACGUUUUCUUGGAAUUCAUGGAGAACAAAAGCGAAAGCGAAAAACUAGCUCAGAUUCGCGAAUCCUUGGAAGCUUACGCGAUGGAAACUAACCGGAAUCACGGCGUUUUUUCCCCCGUAUAUGAACUGAUGAUUGAUUUGCUGACGCGUGCCUUAUGAUCGGGAGUUCUUCGCACGUUGUUUCGGGCGUUGGCUGGGUUGAUUUCAGCUUGGAAUUCUGGAUUAUUUUUUCACCUGUUGAUCAGCUCGCGAAUGAAAAAGCGUUUUUUUUUUCGAAAAAAUGAUCAAUUCAGCCACUCUUUUUUUCGGUAUGUUAUCGCGUUAGACUGUUCUUUCUGCGGUGAAAGUUGUUCACGGGAAUUGUUGGCGAGGAUUUCACGGAUUUGUUGGGAGUCGUUUUGGGAACUUUGUGACGUGAUACGUUGAUGCUUUGAUGAUGGA